AUGAAAAAGAACAAAAAUGAGCAGUUCCAGAAUACAAAUGCCCAAAAGACAUGGGAGAGAAUGGAACUUAUUUCUAUGGUCCCCCUUGAUAUCGAUCCAAAAAACUCUUCUGCACCUCCAAAAUCUGCACUUGAACAAAAUUACAAUGUAAAAAUCAAACCUAUAUCAAAAUUUGGUAAAAUGUUAGAUUACAGCCUAUCAGCAAAUGUGGCCAAAUCAGAAUCAUCUCCUCCUGCUUUUCAUCAUAAAAUUACUUCUUACAAGCCUGCUUUUAAAUUCCCAGAAACCGCUGUACCUGAACCUGCUUCAUACAAUCCAAACUUUAAUGCCACAAAAUCGACAAUUGCACGACCAAAAAUUGGUGAAUUGCCAACAAUAAAAGCAAAAGAAGGCGAAACUACACAGAACAUUCUUGACUCUUUUUCGUUAGGGCUAAGGACAUUUGAUACAAAUCAGUUUCCGCACCCCGUUGCCGAACCAAUCACUGAUAUUGAUCCUGACAAAUCUUUUCCUCAGAAAUACAAGUAUACAUUUGAUCACCAAGCAUCAAGGAAUGAUGAUAUGUUCAAGACAAGUCUAAAUACUACAGCAGAUUUCUAUAUUGAGCCUCCAAAAGAACCAAAAGGAGUGGAAUUCGGAAAACAAGUUGGAAGAACACAUAUCGUCAAAGCAGAUGAAGGAAGAGACUAUUCAGAUAACGCAAUACCUCAACUGGACAACCUCAAAGCAAAAGCCAGAGGAAAUCUAAGUAUGAGUCACCAAAUUUCCAGAGAUUACGCUCCGCCUAAGAAUGAAAGAGUUGCAUUCUUGGAUGCUCUUUCACAGCAGCAAAAGCAGAUGCUGGAACGCAUUCAUCCUCGAAGAUCUCAAUCUCGACUUCUUCCUCCACCAAAAGAAACAUUUUCUUUACAGGCUUCGAGACCCGAGGUUUUACCUCCUAAACCUUACUCAGAAUCAAAGUUCCCAAUCGAUCCACUUAAGAGUUUGAAGUAUAUUUGGCCAAAAACACCAGCAAUCAAGAUCCCAAACUCUCUCAGAGAAACAAAGGAUUUCUGGAAACCUGGUCAAAGAUAA